AUGGAUAAUUAUUCAGGUUCUGGCUUUGCGUCCAAAAACUACUAUGGAUCAGGAUUUUUUCAAAUGAGAAUCAAAUUGUUUGAAAACAAUUCUUCGGGCGUUGUCACUGCCUAUUACUUGACUUCCAAAGGAGACACCCAUGACGAGGUUGACUUUGAGUUCUUGGGGAACAUAAAAGGCAAACCAGUAACGUUACAGACAAAUGUGUACACCGAAGGCGUAGGAUACAAAGAACAAAGGUUUUCUCUUUGGUUCGAUCCGACCUCAGAUUUCCACACUUAUGGCAUUCUAUGGAAUCCAUACCAUAUCGUGUUAUAUGUGGACAAUAUCCCAAUAAGAGUGUUCAAUAAUAACACAAGCAAAGGUGUGAGCUAUCCAUCUAAGCCUAUGCAAGUGGUGAGUAGCAUGUGGAACGGUGAAAACUGGGCAACAGACGGUGGCAAAACCAAGAUUAAUUGGGCUUAUGCUCCUUUUAAGGCUUAUUUCCAAGGUUUUUCGGACAGGGGUUGCCACCUGGAUGAACUGAGUAACGAUGCCAAAGCUUGUGGUUCAACAAUGUAUUGGUGGAACACCAUGAAGUAUAGUGAGCUAAACACUUACGAGCAAAAGGCCUACAAGAAUGUGAGAGAGAAAUAUAUGAACUAUGACUAUUGUUUUGAUAAGGCUAGAUUUCCUGUUCCUCCUAAUGAAUGUCGAUAUAAUUAA